AAAAAAAUAUUCGGUUCUCCUCACCACCAUCGGGUCUUUCCAUCUCCUUACCGUUUAUUUCCUUCCGGUUCUUUCCUAAGUCUAUCUCCUUUUCCCAUCUUGUAUUCGUCCCUUCACCUCUUCACGUCACCAAACAAAACCACCCACCACCACCACCAUGCAGCCCUCCACCGCCGCCCAGCUCAUGGCCCUCCUGGCCAUCGGUGCCAUCGCCGCCCCGCUCCCAGACCCCUCGGGCCAGGCGGCGGCCCUCGACACCCGCAGCCUCCCGGGCAUGUUCGCCCGUGACGCGCAGGCGGCCGCUCUCGACAGGCGUGAGCCCAAGAAGCCCGAGACCAAGAAGCCCGCCUACCCGCUUCCCCGCCCUGCCGGCGACAAGGCCGGCCACCCGCUCCCGAAGCCGCCCAAGACGGGCAAGCGCGACCUUUCGGCCGAGCGGCUGGACAGGCGCGAGCCCAAGAAGGAGAAGGUGAUGAUGAAGUCGGGCUCCACGGGCUUUGAGUACGAGCUCAGCUACGGAAGCUCCAGCUCCGGCUCCCGCCCGGGCCGGGAUCAGCCCCACCCCCUCCCCAAGCCUCCCGCGGGCUCCAGUGCCCCCCCCAAAAGCGGCGGCACGUCCCAACCUCUCCCCAAGCCUCCCGCGGGCUCCAGUGCCGCCCCCAAAUCCGGCGGCCUCCCCGAGCCCCCUGCGGGCUCCAAGGCUGGGAAGGCGUACCCCGGGGGCCACAAGCCUAAGCGCGAUCUCUCGGCCGAGGAGGCGGCGUGGGAGGAUGUCGAGUAAAGCUUGGUCAAGGGGUUUCGGGCAUUCGGGCAUUGUUUUUGGGCCUGCAUAUAAGGCAGGGUUUGGUCUCUUUGUUGUAAGGGUGCGGUCGGUGUAGGUGUAUAGGAGUUUAGGCGCAUGUAUAGGAGUUUAGGUAGAAACGAGCAGAUGCUUUGUCAG